GCGCCUCCCUCAGCUGCAUCCUCCAGCUCUGCCCUAUUGUUCUCCCGCCCGUCGCUCCCUCCCUCCCUCCGCCGGGGCUCGCGUCCUCCCUCCGCUCUCCUCCAUCCCUCCCUCCAUCCCUUCCUCCUCCUUCUCACCGUCGCUCCCGCCCCGCUCCCCGGAGCUGAUGUCACGCACCCGCUGAAGGCGCGGGCGAUCAUGGCUGCUGCGGCCGCGGUCGUGCCGCCGGCCUCCAGCUAACGCCCGCGAUGGAGCCGGCCAGCCUGCUUCGGUUCCUGCGGAAGCUCAAGGAGGUUUUCGACGUGUGCGAUGAGGAUGCGGACGGGUUCAUCCGGGUGGAGCACUUCGUCGCCCUGGGGCUGCAGUUCGGCCAAGGGGAUGAGGUGGAAAGACUGGCAAAGUACUUGGACCCGAAUGAUUUGGGAAGAAUCAAUUUUAAGGACUUCUGUCACGGAGUUUUUGCAAUCAAAGGCUGUGAAGAUUUACUAAAAGAUGUCCUGUCUCCUGAAAACUCUGAGCCCCAGCACUACCAGCCACAAUAUGUUGAUUACUAUUACCAGGGCGGUGAAAUCCAGGACUGUGCCUACUUGGACAGCGAAAGCGCCUACAGCGAGUCGGAGCUGUUUCCCGAUGAGGACGCGAUGACCCUGGCACAGCAGGAGGUUCACCAUGAGUCUGGCAUGGACAGUGCCAUCGAGAGCGCCCAGAGCUCCGAGGCCUCGGACGUCUGCCGGAGCGAGGACAAGGACGGGCUGCUCGGUGGCCUCUUCCUGCCUGGUGACAAGUCAAGUCCUCACAACCCUUCUGCAGCAUCUGACCUCUCCACUUAUUCCACCGCCUCCCUGAUCAGUAAUGAAGAACAGUUUGAAGACUAUGGGGAAGGAGAUGAUGUGGAUUUUACUCCCAGUAGCCCAUGUCCUGAUGAUGAGACCAGAACCAACGCCUACUCUGACCUUGGCUCAUCUGUAUCUUCCAGUGCUGGCCAAACCCCCCGAAAAAUGAGACAUGUUUAUAACAGCGAGUUACUGGAUGUUUACUGCUCACAGUGCUGCAAAAAGAUAAAUCUCCUCAACGAUUUGGAAGCCAGGCUGAAAAAUUUGAAAGCAAACAGCCCUAACCGGAAAAUAUCAAGCACAGCUUUUGGAAGACAACUCUUCCACAACAGUAACUUCAGCAGUAGUAAUGGCAGCACAGAAGACUUGUUCAGAGACAGUAUAGAUUCCUGUGAUAAUGAUAUCACUGAAAAGGUAACAUACCUAGAAAAGAAGGUGACAGAACUGGAGAAUGAUAGCCUGACAAAUGGUGACCUGAAGAGCAAACUGAAACAAGAGAACACACAGCUGGUUCACAGAGUUCAUGAGCUAGAGGAACUAUUGAAAGACCAAGAAACAUCAGCAGAACAGACUCUGGAAGAAGAGAUAAAGAGACAUAGAGAAGUUUACAGCAAGUAUGAAAAAGAGAAAGGCACCGAAAUUGAGCUGCUGAAUACAAGGGUUCAGCAACUGGAAGAAGAAAAUGGUGAUCUGAAAAGCACUGUCACACGGCUGAAAUCCCAGACAGAGAGAUUGGAUGAGGAGAGGCAGCGCAUGUCUGAUAGGUUGGAGGACACAAGCCUGCGGCUGAAGGAUGAGAUGGAUUUGUACAAGAGGAUGAUGGACAAGCUGCGGCAGAACAGGCUGGAAUUCAACAAGGAGAGGGAAGCCACCCAGGAGCUCAUUGAAGACCUGCGGAAGGAACUGGAGCACCUGCAGCUGUACAAGCUGGAAUGUGAACGUCCUGGACGUGGGAGAAGCUCUUCCUCCAGUUUGAGCGAAUUCAAUGCCAAAACCAGAGAGGUGGAAAUGGAGCAUGAAAUAAAACGGCUGAAGCAGGAGAAUCAAAAACUUCGUGACCAAAAUGAUGAUCUUAAUGGACAGAUUCUAAGCCUCAGUCUUUAUGAAGCUAAAAACCUCUUUGCAACGCAAACAAAAGCCCAGUCACUGGCUGCUGAAAUUGAUUCUGCAUCAAGAGAUGAGCUCAUGGAAGCCCUCAAGGAACAGGAAGAGAUAAAUUACAGAUUGCGACAGUAUAUGGACAAGAUAAUUUUGGCAAUCCUGGACCAUAAUCCGUCUAUCUUGGAAAUAAAGAAUUGAAGAGAAUUAGAGAAGGAAAAGCAGCGACUGCCUGAUAUUUCUGCACAUGCCACUGGAUCUAAGCAGCACUCUGAUACUGUAAAUGAAUCUAUAAAUAUAUAUACACACUAGGUGUGAGUGUGGAUGCGCGGGUGUGUUUAUAUGAUGUUUGGUACACUGUUAUUUGUCACUGAAUUGGCUUGGUUAGACUUUUUCCAUGCACUUUCAAUACCUGUGAUGAGAUGGAUACUGUAUAUUAAUGUAAUAACAAUAUAACUGGAUCAUGCUGUUUUAGAUACUGGACAAAAUGACUCUACCUCUAGUUGUAAAGGUAAAAAAAGACAAUGGAAACAUAUGGAUGUGGCCCUAACUUAAGGAGCAAGAAUUGUUUUCUUCGUUCUUCCAGGAAUUUGGGUACCACAGACCAAUUGACAUACCCAGGUUCAGUUCCUGACUGGUGCUGACUGUGUAAUUUCCUAUUUGAUUUAGUUUUAGUACUUAAACCACAUGUCAGAUUAAAAAAAAAAAAAAAAAAAAAAAAAAAAAAAAAAAAAAACACCACUUUGGGAAAAGACGCAAAGUAAAUGGGAAGAAAAGGAAGAUAUUGCAUAAUUUUUGCUAUAUAUGUAAAAUCACCAUCCACUUGUUUGCCACUGUCAGCACGAAGUGUUUUUGAUGUAAGAUCACUUUGGAGCCUGCUUUGGGAUGCUCUGAGCCUGCUCUCUAGUGUGUGUGCAUGUGUGUUUUUUAUGCCUGGGUCCCUGUAGCACUGAGGCAAAGAGCUUUUCAAAUCUGUUCCCCUAUUUUCAGGGGUAUAUCAUGGGCCAUUAAGAUGAAUUCUGGGAUUCUGCCCCUUCCCCUCACCCUGAUUUUAAAGUUUUCACUGAAGGAACAUGUUCCACUUCAUACCAAAAAAAAAAAACAACCCCAAAACAGAACAAAGACAACAACAACAACAAAUUUGCAUGAAAUAUAUCACUUGAGGGGGAGGAGGACCAGCCCUGAACAUGACAUGCUGAGUUGCUUUCCCACCCCAGACAGCUGCACUUGUUUGAGAAUGGCAUUUUUUGGGCAGGCUGUGCAGAGCUGGUUCCUGGCACAGCAGUGGAGGACAGUCUCAUACAGAGCGGCUUUUAUCUAGCGGGCAGGAAAAAGAAAAAGAGCUUCAUCUUGCAGGACUUGCCAGUCCAGACUGAGCACACAUGUGUAUAUCUAAAGCUCUGAGCAGGGAACACAUCUCGAUUUAGAUGAGCGCUUGUGGAGGUGCUUAACUUCAAGUGUGUGCUGCAUCUGCUCAUGGGUGUCAGUGGGACAGAACAUUAAGCUUUAAAGUUGAGCGUUUGCUUAAAUGCUGCCUUAAAUAGGGAUGACUUCAACAUGUGCCUGUGUUCUCCAGAGCUGGAUCUAUACUGUAGGGCUAGGAUGUUUUUAAUUAAAAAUGUAGCUUAUAUAAGGAGCUUACGGAAUUGUUUGGGUAGUUGAAUGCUAAAAACAAAUUUUAUUCCAUGCACUUUUAUUAAAAGUAAAAGUUUCACACUUUUGAUUCACACCAACUGGCACAGAAAAAUUGGCCAGAGUGUCUGGCUUUCCCCAGUGCAUAGAGAUGUUUCCUCUAUUGAAUACACUCCCCAGAAGAAUGUUACAGUAGCAAUGAUUGUGCUUUUCUGUGUAUUUCUAGCUGUUGGCAGUGUCUUGCCCCUAGUAUUCUCUUGAUGUAUCUUGGUGUGUAUACGUGAUGCAUUUUUCCUGAAUUUGAAUACAUAAAACUGUAUUCAGUUAUGGAUGUAAAUAUAUUUUUCUUCCCUGCAAUCUCUGUGCUCUUGCCUUCAGUGACGUGUUACUGGAGUGAUAGGAGGCAGGGGACAUACUGAAAUCAGGCUUUCUUGAAGGCAAGAAAAUAAAAACAGUUUGUUUCUAUGUAUCUGCGUAGGCAGGUGUAAAGUAAGUGGAAAGAGAGAGAGACCAGGGGAAUGACUGAGGGUCACAACAUCCCAGUUCACAAAGGUCUGCAGUGCCCUGGGAGAAAUGGGACAGUCUGGUUCACACAGGGAUGUCACAGGGCUGGGUUCCUGAGGCUCUGGGGUAAUAUGGAGGAAAGGAUUUAAAGACCACUCCUUUGCCACCUGGAAAUGGUGUGAGAUGUAACACUGCAGCAGCUUCUGUUUGUGUAGAAGUAGUGGAACCCCAUGGAAACCCCACACAUCCACCUUUCCCACCCGCUGCUUCUUCUGGAUGAGCCACCCAGAAGGUGGGAGGGGAGCAGUUCAGCCAGUGCUUCCUGCCUGCAGGGCUGCUCACUUGCACUUCACUGAUGGCUUUUCCCUCUGCCUGGUGCUGUCUGUGGGUAGUGCCAGGGGCUUUACUCUUCUUGUAGGCCACAGAGAACUCUUCCACACUGUCAGGGAGCUCUUGCAAACGUGCUGUGACAAGCAGGGCCAGCUGAUCCAGCAAGCCCUGCUUCUGGCGCUGACUCUUUGGGGCAGUGCUGCUGUCCUGCUCUCAUGCAGUGGAUUUCAGUAAGAGUGAAGCUGUUGCAGCUUAGGCUGGUGACAAUGUUUUCCCCUAAUUAUUUUUAAGUAAACUGGACUUGGCUUCAAAAUUUCAGUGAUCUAAAGCCCAUUCCCAUUUGGGUGUAACAUCAGCAAAUGUUGAUGACUGUUUCACUGAAAGCAAAGCCCAUGGACUUGAACAGAAGACAUGACUGUAGUGAUAGCCUAGUUUUUGUGCAGAGAAUUAUAUGCAGGAGGUGAAUAGUCACUAGUAGUGACAAUGCAGUGACAAUUAGUCAGUGAAUCUGGCUAAUAUCCCAAAAGUGAUAUUCUAGGCACGGGUACCCAGCAGUGGAAAUUUCUUAAAACCUGCAGGACUUCUUGUUCAGCUCUGUACCCAGCUGUGUUAGUAUUUAGAAGCUCUUCCUUGCUCCAGUGUUUGCAUUUGAAGAGAUGUCUUACCACCAUGUUGGUGGUGUUGGUAGUUGUGUUUUAUUGUGUAAAGGAAGUAUCCUUCUGCUCCUGUGGGGCCCUUGAUGUCGUACUGCCGUCUGUUACUGUGGAAAUCAUAUCCAGAUACUUGCUAUGUUUGACAAAUAAUGUGAGUUGGAGGUUGGGAGAGGCAUUUCACUGGCAGAUAUAUUUUCCCCUAAGGUAUUCACCUCUAAAAAUACCAAUUAGCAAUUGCAUUUUUAGACUGAGUAACUACAGAUUUUAGACUAACUUGUCUUGCAGCUCAAGCCUUGGAGAACUCUUUUAUCCCAGAAAAGAAGUCAUCGUGUUUUAUGACAUGCAGGUCAUUUGGUAAUAAAGGAUCACUUGAUGGUUCACUGGGGCAGGGAAAAGAGUAAUCUGAUAUCAGUGUUGCAGAGAGUGCCUAUUUUUGAUCAAGUGCCAGACAGACACUGGCAGAACAGACAGGCAAUGUUGCAAAUAGGGAGACACUAACGUUGCUGUCUGUUCUCUGAUAAAUUUCUUCCUUCUUUGCUGUGGAUAUCCUUUGUGUUCUCAGGCUGCCCAAGAAAGUACAGCCUGCCUCUGUCAGUGUUACUGUUGGUGGAACGAGGGCCUCUCUUCCCUGGGUAAAUCACUUCAGACAAAGAAGUGAGGUAUCAUCUCCUUCUAGCAAUACACAAAUGCGGUAAACACUCCUGUGUCAAACCCAUGGUUCUAUUUAACCCUUGGGGAUGCAAACACAAUCCCAGGUACUGUAUCUUCAUCUGUUCCUUGGUUCAUAUGACCUUAGAUUCUGAAAAGCUAAAUGAUGUUCUGGUCAAACCUGUUGCAAACCACUACAGGUAUUUCUGGACAGUGGGAAAAAAAAAAAAAAAAAAAAAAAAAAAGACUGGGUUUUGGCUAGAAGCUGUCCUUGGUCAGGCUAGUCCCACACAAGGUACUGCAGAAAAAUUACCUCUUUCAAAACUUGCACUUAAAGGUUACCUGAAAUGUAGUCUCAAGAUUUUUCUGGUAUUGGCUGCUUCCCUCCAGGUUUCAGUCUUCAGCUGCUGCCUAGUUCUGGUUUCAGAAUGAUGCUGAUUCAAAUGCUGUCAAAACUGCUUUGACACCAAAAGAUGACUUUUCAGCUUUUUUAAUAGCUUCUAUUUAAGACUGAAGCUGAUUGAGAAUUUGUCUUGAAGUGCAACAUUGAUGAACGUUAACCAUCCCAUCUAUUUUUAAGUUAUUUUUAAUAUGCAAAUAUUUUGGAAGUUUAAAAAAAAAAAAAACAACCCAAACAAACAAACAAAAAACCAACCCAGCAUAUAAUGCACUUUUAUUGCCAAGUUUCCUUUCAUGGUCUUUGGGAAAAAUUCAGAUAUUUCUCAGCCAGCUCUGUGGGGAGUUGAACACAGCAUUAUUAAUUCUCAAAGAUGUGUAUCAACAAAUAUUUUGCUGUCUGAGUGCAGCAAUGCUCCAUUUACUUUGGUAGGACUGCACUGCUCUCCAGAGAGGAUCUAGACCAACAGUAUUUAAGCUCCCUAAUCUGGUUUGUAAAUGAGGGCUUGGAAGCUGAUACAUAAACGCACACUGUGGGCUGCUGCACGAGGCACUGCUCAGUGGUCUGUGCAUCAUAGUGCCCGUGACCUGUGAUGAGUCUUAAGAACUAGAAUUUACAAAUAAAAGAAUGCUUUUUUUACAUCCUUUAAUGGCAGUGAAUAUACAGUGGUUUUCUCUUAAAACAAAUACUGUAUGGUGUGGUCUGAGGGAUUUUUUUCCAAGGAAGGAAGGAAGUAGCAGCUGAUCAAACACUUGCCAAAUCAGUGGCUUGGCUUAUACUGAUUUAAGUGAAAACUUGACUCAGACUUUAACUGAGCAGUUCCUGGUGUAAGUAGCAAUGCUCGUAUUCUUGUCAAGUCAUUUGUUGCUCAAGAAACAUUGUCAAGAAAUCAUGACAGGUGUUGUAACACAGCUGGUUGGUUUUAAAGGACAUAGUUCCACAGUUCUGACAUUUUGUUCCUUUGCAUCUCAGUAUUUUUGAAUUAAAAAUAUUGAUCCUAGGAGCAGUUUGCUGUCAAAUCAUGCAUGGGUUUCUAGUUAAUGGAACUCUGCACGUACCUUUAGAGUUUGCUGAGGAUUGCAGUUGGUGUUGGGUCUGAAUCCUGUCAUUCUGCAUAACGCACUGGGACUUGCUCCAAUGUGCAAGAGAGUUGUUUCUUUCUGGGACUCUUCCUCAGUGUUCUGUUGACAUUUACACUCUUGGUCUUGUUCCCAGCCACUGUCAGGUGUAUGUGUGCCUUGGGGCAGCUCUUUGAGCAGAUGGGAGGGACAAAUCCAAUAUUCUUGGCUUCAGUGUGACUUUAGCUACCCAGGCAAGAAUUUCAGUCCUGUCUUUAUACCGGGCCACUCCUGUCCUUGCCUUUUUUGUGGUUGUGAAAACUCGUUGUGUUCCAUAUACAUGACAGAGCGUUGUAGCCGAUUCUCGUGGUAUACAAGCAUAGGGUGAGUAAACCUGAAGGUGAUCCAGGUGAGGGAUCCCUGGGAUGUGCCUCAGUUCUGUGCAGGUGUCUCACUGUGUGCUGUACUGACACACUGGAAAGCUCAGGCGUGCAGCUCAGCAUGGCCAGCACGUCACAGAGGUCACAGCAGCAGCCCUGGGGGAUCUGAAGGCAAAAUCUGCAGGCAGGGCCACACUACCAUAGCUUGCCACAGUGUGGAGCCAGCUGACAGGGCUCCUGGUGUUCUCUGCACUCCGGGUUUCAGCUUGCUGCCUUCAGUCUGGGGCUUUUGAUCAACUGCCAGAGUAGUACCUGGUCAAACAUACUGUUAGGGAGAUUCGUUUUUACUUAAACUUUAAACCUAAUGGAAACAUUAACAAACGUGGGCUUCUGCAGUGUAAUUUGGACACCUAGCCCUGGAAUGGAGGUGCUGUGAAUGGAGCAGCUGUUACACCUGAGCUGUCAGCUUUGCUGUCACUGGUCUGGGCACAGUGACGCCCUGGAAACCCCUCAGAGCCCCAGUGAGGGUGGCAGGUGACUGUUCUGGGGAACAGGUCUGUGCAGAUGGUAAGGGGGGCUGCAGACACUCCUCCUCCCAGUGAUGAUCUUACACUCCACAGCAUCAGCCCUGUUUUAUUUACAACCUUAUCCAUAGCUAAAUUAUUAUGGCUUUGAAGAAAGGACAUCAGAAGGAGAACCAAGAGUUUAGCAUCAUGUGAACACUUCAGUACACUACAGGGCAGUAAAUGUUGCACUGAUAUAUAUUUAAAUACUGAGACAUUUUGAGAAUUACUGUAAAAUCAGUUGUGAGAGCCAUUUGUUUUUCUCUGUUGCACAAACUAGUCACAUUUUUUGCAUGGUUACAUAUUUUAGUACUUGUGCCUUUUACUUCUCUGUUGUGAGGAUACAUUUUAUUUUCACAUUUUAUCAUCUGGUUUUGGACACUUUUUAUAUACAGUUCUUUAAUCAUCUGGUUUCUUGUAAUGUACAUGUGUAUAUAUAAAAUAGAUCAGAUUUGUAUUCAUGUGCCUCUGAGAUGUAAAAAAUACUCAUUUUGUACGGGUUUUUUUAGAAGCACUAGGUCAUGAUCUAAAUUACGUAGCAAAUGAAAUUUAACAUAAUUAGCAGUUCUUUGUGGUCUUUUAGGAAUGUUGUGUCUGAUGGUUGGUCUCUUUUAAGGCAAUGUCACACACACUCUGCAGAUUUAUUGUUUUAGUAUUGCUAUGAGACCAAUUCUAUCCACUUGUUGGCUUCAGUUAAUUCAAAAUAAUAAAACAAUUAAAUGUUACAUUCCUGAUUUGGUGAUUAUAGUUUUUAUUUCCAUUAAAGCCAAUUUGCUUCCUUUUAUACUUGAAACAGGCACCAGUCCAAAACCUCAUUUGAACACAUUGCCCAUUUCAGGUUAACUUCCAUUCUGGGACUAUUUUUGUGGGAUCAGGCAAGUGAUUUACUUUGCCCAUUGAAGUGGAAAGAGAAAUAGCAUUAUCAAUUCAUAGACUCUCCAUCUUAGAGUGCCUAAAAUGCUUUAGUUACUCCUUCUCUUUCCUCCCUGGCUUCUGUGGCAGCGUUUCCUGAGGACAGACCCUGGAUCUGCAUGACUGGAGAUCUUCUUGCAGAUGUGAGAGAUUGGGUGUCUUCCUCUUCACAUUUUGGCAAAUGCUGAAUAAACUCCUUCCCAUGGGGUUUGUAGCACAGCACUCUCCCGCAGCACUUGGGAAGCUGUGUAAAUGCAUUGUGAGCCUGGACAUCUGUAACUGGCAACCAGGGACCUGGUCCUAGGAGUGUCCUUCCCUUCCUCCAGCCUCUUCUUGAGCUGGUGGUUUCAUUUCUGGAGUGUUGACCCUGCUCAUCUGAUGAGAUCCUCAAAUUGUUCCUUCUCUCACACCUUGUUGUUUAUCAAUACUCCACUCACCAGCCUCCAGACACAGUGAGAUGAUAAACUGUGGUAAGUCUGAAGGAAAAAAUCAUCAAUAUCCCCUAAAUCUUCCAAAAAACCAAAGUUUUUAUCUAUAAAAGAACAUGUUCCACUCUCACAGAGCAGAAUUUUUUUUACUGAAUUUGACACCCAUUUCACAGAAUAUAAAGCUGCCUUAGAAGUAAGGAGGUGGUUUUAUUUUUUAUUUCAAAGGCUGCUUGGUAUGAAAAUGAGCAAAGUUCACUUGCUCUAUUGUUACUGAAAAAAAGCAGCCAGCAAAAGUGGCAUAUGACUAUCUUUAAUCUCAUUCUGUAAUUUAUAACAUCAGUGAAGUGAUGUCAGUACUACUGCAAUGUGCCAUUACACUAUUUUCUCUGAAUUUUCUUGAAAUGCUUUUUGGGGACAAUAAAGUUGUCCUUGCUUCUGUGGAUCCUUCAGGUAGCUGUAAUGUACAAUCAGAUAUGUAAAUAAAUUAUUUUCUUUCCCUG